GCGCAGCCGCCGAGGAACGGGGCUGUGCGGUCCGUCCAGCGGCUCACGGGCAGUGAUGCAGGAGCCGCCAACCGGCCCAGUCCCCCGACCCGCCGGAGCGCCCGGCACGUCAUUGUGACCAGGUCAUCCGGUAGAACUCAGGAUGCAGUGUACGGGUCAGAACCGGGGGCUGAACACUGCCGUACUGCUGCUGCAGACCUGGGCUUGGGUCCGGACCGGUGCCGUGGGAGCCUCCCCUAAGAUCGACGGACAGCUGCACUCUGCACUCACGCUGCAAGAGAACAUCACCCACCAAUUCAACUGCCAAUCGGAGGGCUGGAACCCACAAGCCCCGCCCCUACUGACCUGGUACCUGAACGGGGAGAGGCAGGAGCAGCUGCCAGACAGUGGCACAGGGCAGUUGGUGAUGACGUCACAGGAAGUGCCGAGCGUGACGGAGGGGGAGUCCAAACGCAACAGCACCUUCACGCUGCGGGCCAGGAAGUGGGACCGGGAGCUGGUGUGCGCCACCUCCAACCCCCAAAACGGAGAGAGCCACAAUGCCACCGUCGUUCUCAAUGUGCAGUUUCUGCCGGAGAUUGUGCGAGUAAACGCCCACUACAGUGACACCUCCGGCCCGGGGCUCUCCUUGGUCCUCUUCGCGUUGGUUCGUUCCAACCCCCCCGCCACCAUCACCUGGGUGGAUCAGUCCGGCCGGCUGGUGGCCAACACGUCCGACUUCCUCAUCAUGGACUCGCGCAGUUACCCCUGGCUGACGAACCACACGCUGCGGGUGACCCUGAGCAGCCUGGCGGGGAACGUCUCUGUCAACGCCAACAACAGCCUGGGCGUGGCCCACAGCAACCUCACUCUCACCGAGUUCCUGCAGUCCAGCGUGGAGGUGCCGAUACUGGGACUCGUCACAGGGGGCGCCGUUGGGUUCGUCACCCUCCUCAUCCUCACCCUGCUGCUCCUGUGUCUGCUCCACAAGAACAAGGGGAAGGACGUAGAGAAAGCAGUGGAAAUCAUAAUACCCAAGAGUGCGUCACACAAUAUACAGGUGGGCAAUGUGUAUCUACCGCGAGAAAACCUGUCCCUGCCCUGGAGCCUGCAACUCAAUGACCUCAGCAACAUCUGCAAAGCAAAGGGGGAGCGAAGGCAUAAUCCAGGAGAGAGAAAGAAAGAGGGAGAGGAGGAGGAAGAGGACCUGUCUGCUGCCUACGCUGCCCGAGGAUUCUCCAAGUACCCCAUGGUGGGGUACAUCUACAAGGUGAACAGCAUGAGCAGCGACGAAAUCUGGCUCUGACCGCACCCCCCCCUCUCCCCCACGGAGGGGCGCGAUGUCACGCAGUGAUGCAGCUGUCCAAUCAGAUGCCCAGCAGACCUGCCUGUCAAACUGCUGACACAUCACUGUACCA